UUUUCCUCUGACACAACCAUUCUCACCGCACUCCUCCAAACAACCACUCAAAAAUGAAUAGAAGACGCUCCUCCAACUCCACCGCCAGCAGCGCCUCCUCCAUCAUCACGGUCACAUCCUCCAACUCCACCCAAUCGUCCAUGAACACUUUCGAUCACCAAUCGGUGCUCUCUACCCGUAAAGCAUCCCGAUUAUCAAAUCUCAAUCCCAUGAAACCCCGUUCAGUUCUGGGAAAAUCAGACAUGGGCCCCAUUGCCUCCCACCAAAAUGGUCCCAAUGGUCACAUUGCCUCCCACAAUUCCUACUACAACCUCACACCCAUGUCCACCAACUCGUUGACCGAAAUCAACAAUUACCACUUGACGAAAAUGGACACCAACGAUUCGAUCGAUUCCAACUUCUCGUUACAGCUGCAGUUCAAAAUCGAAUUGAACAUGAGCCGUAAGGAGAUCGAACUCAUACGAUUCACAUGGCACAAAAUGUUGCUUGAAGAGCCGGUUGUCCAAACUGAGUCUUCCUUACCAAUUCCUGGAGGAUUCCGGUUCGGCGACCAAUCCAACUCUUUACAACAGCAGGCGUCCCAGCACCAGCAACUGGACUUGAAACCCGCCAACAACAUCGCUUCCUCACUCUUUUGCAGGCAAUUGUACGGGAACUUGCUCAAUAUGAACCCUACUUUGGAGAAAUUGUUCCCCAGUAUCAAGCACCAAGCGGUCGCGUUCGCAGGGGUGAUGUCAUUUACCAUUUCCCAGAUGGAAAAUUUGGCGGGAUUGAACGAAUACUUGGAGAGCUUGGGUAAGAGACACUCACGGAUCUUGGGUAUCGAGCCGUCGAUGUUUGAGUUGAUGGGAGAAGCGAUGAUUCAAACGUUCCACGAACGGUUUGGUACCAAAUUCAACCAGGAGCUUGAGAUUUUGUGGAUCAAACUCUACAUGUAUUUGGCCAACUCGUUGUUGCAGUUUGGGAUAGAUCCGAUCUUGAAGCUCAAUACCGGUGACAACUCCCACGACCACCACGGACUGUCGGGGUUGUUUAGGCUCAAUGAGAUUUCGCAGCCAGCGGUCCGCACUCCAUCGGCUCCAAGUCUGGCGAAGGAAGAUUUAUUCAGCGUAGCGGACGGAAAGAGAUCGAGUGUUUCGACGGGCCUGGCAAACACCAGUUUUGAUUUAAAGAAGAAAGACAAGGGCAUGAACAAGAAGAAGAGAGAUUGUGUAGUCCAGUAGUGGUUAUUUAUAGAUGCAUAGUAUAUUGAGCAUUAAUACAUUGAGAGGAGUACAGU